AUGAAUAUAUACAACCCUAGGUUGAUCAACACAGAGUUGAUAAAACUGAAUCUAAAUAAUAGAUUCAUAACACUUCUCGGUCUUUCGCAUAAUCAACGCUGGGGAUUCCAUUCAAUUGAUAAUAAUACUAAAUUAGAAGAGCUAACUGUAUAUAGUUAUGAUACUAGAUUGAAAGAGAAACGGGAUGCUCAUUCAAUGAAAGACGUAGUUCUCAUAGAUUUACAAAAAAAUAAUCUCCAUUCUUUAAAUACAUAUAUCAAGGCCAUUAAUGUCAUUACAAAUCUACCUUAG